GACUUGCGAUAAUCGCGCUGGAAAAAGUGCACCGCUGUCGCUUGCUGAGCAUGCAAAAUGAGUAGCGAGCUGUAUAAAUAACUGACUAAUCAGAUAAAAGUGCAAUGCGGUCAUUUGCAUGUAUUGUGUUCAUAUAAGUUGCCAUUUUUAUAUGGCAAAAUCAUCGUGUAGUGUAUGCGACAGUGUUGUCAAAUGGGCGUUCAGUGUUGCAAAGAACCGCAGCCGAUACUCGUGUUUUGUUUUGUGGCGUUUUUGGGCCAUAUAUAACGAAAUUAACAAAAAUCUCCUAAAUAAAAAAUUUCAAAAAAAUUUGUUGACAAUAAUUAAACCAAAAAAAAAAUAAUAAAAUUUAAGCCACCAUUAAUUGCCACAUGCGAUACUCGGCAGAGAGUGUCUGCGACGUUACCCAACACUGACGACUGUCUGCUGUUUUCAGCACGUAAAAAGAAAAAUGGUAAAAUAAAUCCUUCUUAUUUCUCGAAAAUUGUGCAAAAUGACAUAAAAAUACGCUCACUCGGAAGACAGCCAAAUAAACUAUGGAAUAACUAAAGAAGAAAAAGGGAAAGUGAUUUUAUUACGUCUGCAAGCGGCUUGAAAGACAACGCCAGGCCCAAAAAUCUGCCCGUGUAUAUAAAAAGAAAAGAAAAAUCAACAUUAAAUAAGAUAAACAUAAUGCCCACAAAGUAUAUAAACAAUUGAUGUAAAAACGAUAAUCGAUUUCUUAACCAACUUAAACUGUUAAAUUAUAAUAAACGUAGAAAUUAGACGAGCGAUCAAGACAAGGACCUGAAAAAGCGACACAUGCAUGAGUAACUACACGGAGGAUUCCCCAAAAACCAGCCAGUAAACGAUGGCCGCCGAGAAGGAGAUGCAGGCCCACGACAUGGUCCGCCGACGCAGUUGGGCCCGAGCCGUGGCGCUCUACGACCAGCUGAUUGCCCCCAAUCCCGGCGCUUCGGGUUCGAGGGCCCAGAAGGACCAGCAGAUUGCCUGCCUCCUGGGACGCUGCGAGUGCCUUCUGGAGUUGGGCAAGUUCGAGGGCUGUCUGGCGGAUGCCUACAAGGUGCUCACUCUGCUCUCUGAGCAGACUGAGUGCCUGGCCAGCGUCUCGAGAGCUCGCCGAUGGCUUGUCCACGCGCUCUUUAAGAUGCACAAGUACGGGGAUGCUGAGAUCUUCCUGAGCAAGUGGAUCAAUGAGCUGAGCGGCCAGCAGAUAUACUCGGACAUAUCCAAGACCCUCGAGCGGUAUAAGUCCAUCAUACAGAUGAUCAUGAACGGGCAGCACAAAGCGCAGGCCCUGAAGAUCCCGCACGCCCGUCUCGAAGACGAGAUGGCCAUCCUGGAUACAAAGCUGGAUCACUGGGCAACCAACAACCUGCCGCUUGACAAGUACAGCAAGCUUCUCAGCAACAAGGGUUUAAAGAAGCGAGAGCAGCAACAGCAGCAGCAGCAACAACAGCAGCAGCAAAAUGGUAAUGGAAUCGGUAGCUACGCCAGCAGCAGCAGUAGCUCUUCCACUGGCAGCAGCAGCACCAUGUCCAGCUCCAGCACAAGUCUUCACAAGACCAACGACCUUCUGGCGGCCAUGAAGCUCACUGCCGGCAAGCACCAGACGGGAUCCGGAGACGGAUCGGGCUCCGAUCAGGGCGAUCAGGCCCCAUCGACCACCUGCAGCUACUGCACCAUCACCUUCCAAACGAGGAACGAGCUGCGACAGCACUGCCAGACCGAGGCCCACCAGAAGGUGAUCAUGAGCGAUGAGGGCCGUGACUGGAAGUGGCGUCCCCCGCCUCGUGGUUACACGCUGGACACCUAUUCCCUGUGCGAGACGUUCAGUGAAGCGCACACCUGCCACUACGGCGCCCAAUGCGUGGAGGCCCAUGGUCAUGAUGAGUUGAACGAGUGGAAGGAGCGCUUCGAAUACCGCCGGAUGCGGAUGCAGAAGGCCUGCGAGAAGGAGCUCUACGGCAAGUCGUACACGGAGCAAGUGCUGGAGCGAUGGAUCCAGGCCACAGCGCCGGAGCGAGUGAUGUGUGAACGGGUUCCGGAUAUGGAGGCGCGGUGUGAGCAGCAGCUGGUCACCAGCAUCAGUUCGAAGACCUCCAAGCGAGAGUGGCUCUUCCAACUGGAGACAAAAAAGCCUCUUAAAGCAGUGGCCCUCCUCCAGGAUGCCCAUCGCAAUCACUUUGCCCUGAAGUCCAUUAAAAUGUGCAAACCAACGGAAAGCAUCAUGGAGCUUAAAUCCGAUCAAGAGUGGGUGGCAGCCAGUGCAGCCCCAUCGGAGUCUUCCACCGAGGACUCGGCCACUUUGACCCAUGAAAUCACAAUAGAGUUUCACACGGAGAUCUAUGGAACCUUUCGCCAGGCCAUCUGCUUCGAUGUGGGCCAGGAACCGUUGCUCGUUCGACACUUGUGCGUUGAUGUUUUGCCUGUAAAUGAUGCCGAGAAAAUCGAGGAGAUCAAGCGGGACAUCAUUAACAGUUCGGCCACCCGAUGGGAUGUGGCCAAUACGCAACUCACACGCUUCGAAACCACGAUUGGAACACAUCUGAAGACAGAGGCGUAUCUCAGUGAUCUGGAGCAUGAGAGGGAACUGUUGGAGAGGUAUCCCUGCCCCAGGGCAGCAACUUUCACAUUGACACAAUCGACCAUUGUGGAGAAGCGGUUGACGCAAAACAACUACCGGUCCCGCAUCCACGAGUUGUUAUCCGUGGAGGAGAUUGCUCGCUAUGAGCAGAUAGCAAGGUAUAAUGUGAGGACCCGUCUUACAGUGGCCUCGAAUUAUAUCCUCACCCCAGCUGGAAUGGCUACCAGCACAGCCAAGUAUUCUCUGGCAGGUGAAUUGUUUGCUCUCAUGCGUUUGGGCAAGGACAUCUCAGAGGAUACUUCCCCUGGCAGAUUAAUUCUGUCCAACUGCAGCAGUGUGUACAUCUCCAAACCUGAGGAACCGGAUUCCAAAGCGGAUCCAAAUAACCGUGCAGUUUAUGAGGCCUUGAUCGAGGACAAAGGGAAGAAUGUGAUUUAUUUGAAACUAUCCGCAAAAUGUGUGGAGGCGAUGGCACUGCAGGCAGAUACCGAACUGGAAGUGGAUAUACAAUUCCAGCUGAAUCGAAUGCCCUACUGCGAGUGGCACAAUGCAGUGGAUAAGAUUACCGACUUUCGGCUGAUAUUUCCGGCCACGGAGCUAGAACCGAGUAUACCGUGGACACCGAAGAAGCAAUGGGCGGAUGCCUGCGAACCGAAGUUAAAUGCCAAGCAAAGGGAGGCCGUGAAUGCUAUCACCACGGCACUAAGCAUCAAGUUGCCUCCAAUCCUGCUUAUAGGACCCUUUGGAACUGGAAAAACCUACACACUGGCCCAAGCCAUCAAACAACUCCUGGCCCAACCGGAGGCCAAGAUCCUGAUCUGCACGCACUCAAAUUCAGCAGCUGAUUUGUACAUCAAGGAGUACCUGCAUCCGUGGAUCGAGGAGGGCUUAGAGGAGGCCACACCCCUGCGAGUUUAUUACCAUAAGAGAUGGUCAGCCACCGUUAAUGGUGUGGUGCAAAAGUACUGCAUCAUCGAUGGAGUGGGCAACUUCAAGCGCCCCAGUGUGGAGGAUAUAAUGCGACAUAGGAUUGUCGUAGUUACUCUGAGCAUCAGCAUGGAGUUGGCCACUCUGGGACUACCCAAAGGUCUAUUCACACACAUCUUCCUGGACGAAGCUGCUCAGGCAAUGGAAUGCGAAGCCAUUAUGCCGCUGGCUUUGGCUAAUGAUUCUACAAGGAUCGUUUUGGCCGGAGAUCACAUGCAGAUGAGUCCCGAGUUGUUUUCCGCCUUUGCCAAGGAACGCAAGCUGCACAUAUCGCUUUUGGAGCGACUGUACGACCAUUAUCCCUCCAACUUUCCCUGCAAGAUCCUGCUGUGCGAGAAUUAUCGAGCACACGAGGCCAUCAUCCGUUUCACUUCGGAACUCUUCUACGAACAAAAGCUGGUGGCCUCCGGAAAACAACCACGGCACGAGCGCUUUUACCCUUUGACCUUCUUUACUACUAGAGGAGAGGAUGUUCAGGAUAAAAACUCAACUGCUUUCUAUAACAAUGCUGAAGUGUAUGAGGUGGUGGAAAGGGUUUCCGAGCUGCGGAAGCGUUGGCCAAGUGCAUGGGGUAAACUCAACGAUACCAGCAUUGGCAUUAUGACACCCUACGCAGAUCAGGUGUUUCGCAUUCGUUCGGAGCUGAGGAAACGCCGCAUGGGUGGAAUAUCCGUGGAACGUGUGCUUAACGUGCAGGGUAAACAGUUCCGAGCGGUGUUCCUUUCCACAGUUCGAACCCGACGCACCUGUAUGCCCCAAGGAAGUGCUCCGGGAGCAGCCUCCACGGCCAGCAUUGGCGAUGCCGAUACGGACUAUGGUUUCUUGAGCAACUCCAAACUUUUGAACACGGCUAUUACUCGUGCCCAGUCUUUGGUGGCAGUGGUCGGCGAUCCCGUGGCUCUGUGCUCCAUUGGACGAUGCCGAAAAGUAUGGGAGCGCUUCAUCGAGAUCUGCGACGAGAAUAAGUCUCUUUUUGGUCUAACCUGGUCAAAUUUGCGUUCACAACUAGAUGGGGUCGAGCUGAAGCGAGGCUAUGUGCUGAAUCCUCUAGCGCCGGAGUUUGUACCUCGUGCCCUGCAACCGGAGGCAUAUCUGCGGGAACAGGCUGCCCUCUACCUAAACGGACCGCAGCACGGACAUGGUGGCCAUGGCCCACCUGGGCCUCCGGCUCAUUUCGCGACUGCAGCUGGCAUGCUGGGUCCUGGACCGGCGGCCACCGCCCAUCAGAUGAAUCAAAUGGCCGCUGUCAUGGCCAAUCAACAGCUCUCCCACAUGUACUCCACCCACAUGGCGGCGAUGAUGGCUGCCGUCGGAGGAAAGUCUGGAAAUGGUCCUGGGCCGGGAACCGGAGGAGGUCCAGGCCCUGGUCCAGGACCACCGCCACACUUCGGCGGCGGAGGAGGCGGAGGACACAUGGGAAUGCGGGGACCACCGCCUCAGGCGCCGCAUUUGCGGGGAAUGCCACCCGGAGGACCACCACCCACUCAGCCGCCAGGAGGCGGAGGAGGUGGUGGAGGACCACCGCCACCAUAUGGACAAUACCCAGCCAUGCAGCACUGGCGGCCACCGCAGCAGGGACCAAAUCAAGGCCCUGGACCUGGACAACAGCCACCGCAAAAUCCCAAUGCCAGCCUAUGGGGGCCACCGCCACAAACGAAUCCGUGGAGUGUGCUGCCGCCAAGCAAGCAGCCACAGCAGCCCCAGCCUCCGCCAGUGAGUGGUCCGGGGCGUGGACCAGGACCUUUGCCACCGCCACUCAAUGCAAAUCCCUCGCUACCCUUAAGAGGAGGUAGUGUACCACCUCCUCCGCCAAACGCCUCGGCGGCUGCUCAGCUGCUGAGGAAUCCCAGCGAACUGGGCUACCUGGCCAAGAAGACUCUGUACAACCAUGGACAGGCGCCGCCGCACCACCAGCUAUACGGACCUGGGCCAGGACCACCGCCGCCUCCACCGCAACAGCAGCAGGCCCCGCCGAUGGGCAUGCAGAGGGGCAGCAGUGUGCCCAAUGGACCCAUGUCGCCCAUGGAGAACGGACCUCCGCCGCCUCCCUAUCUGCGCCACAAUGGAAGCGGCUACAAUCCAGGAGCACCGCCACCGCCGCAACAACAGCAACAGCCGCCACCACCCAAUCCCUUCAUGUAUGCUGGCAAACAACCGUCGCCGAGCUCCAUGAGAUUUGGCCCUCUGACCCACGAGCUACUGCCCCCCAAUGUGAGCAUCUACGAAAUGGCUUUUAACCCGAAAGAAGAGCAGUACAAGUGGUACCUUAAACUGCUCGAAACCGUGGGACAGGAGGGUGCCAACAAAUUCGCGGAUAUGUUGCGCCAGGUGAUGGCCACACUGCAGCAGCCACAUAAACCACCGCAGCAACAGAUGGUCAACAAUCCGAUGCUCAACAACCCACAUGUGCAGCGGCCACAAUAUCCGAUGCUGUAUCCCCAAGGACAACAGCAGCAGCAGCCACCUCAGCAAUCUGUGGACCCUUCACCGCCGCUAGAGAACUUCAACCAGCAGAUCGAUUUGGUCUUCAACUCCAUCAUGAAUGGAGCCAAUGAUAUUGCUCAGCCCAUUCUGCGGGAUGUUCUGGGCAUGGUGGCUGGCACGGGCAAUGCUCCUGGUCUAGUGCUUAGUAAUGGCUUAAACGGGGCCGAUCUCCAGCAGCAGCAACAACAGCAACAACAACAACAGCAGCAGAGUCGCCUAUUUGCCAUGAUGCAGCAGCAACAACAACAACAGCAGCAGCAACAGGCGAAGCCACCUCCAGGACCCGGACAACCCCUAUAUAUCAAUCAGUUGGGCGGACCUGGGCUGCACCAGGCGCCACUCAACGGUGGCGGCAACAAUCUGGGCGGCGUCGGUAACUCCAACUUUAUGGGCAAUGCUGGCAAUGCUGUGCUCAACGAGAAGCCGUACAACAACUUAAACAUGCAUAACAACGUGGGCGUCAACAGCGCAGGAGUUGGGGGUGUUGGAAUGGGAAUCGCCGGCGGAGGAGUCGGCGGACACAAUAAUAACAACAACGGAAUGCUUAGCAAUGGCAACAACUCUGUGCCGCUGUACCGCCGUCAGGCGCUGGCCGGAAAUGGGAUCGGAAGUGGAAACGGCUGCUACAACAACAUGCAUGGGUUGGAUACAGGGGCCAAUUUGAUUGAGGCACUCUUCCAGGCCAACAACUCGGUGGUGGACCACUCGGUGAAGUCGUCGGACCACAUGCACGGCCUGCUGUACAACAAUUUCAAUACGCUGAAGGGUGGUCACGAUGUGGAUCUGUUCCAGGCCAUGGUGCCCAGCGUUCCCCACUCGGAGGCGGCCAAUCAUCACCAGCAGUCCUCCGGCUCGUCGGCAACCACCUAUGCGGCUGUGCUGAGCCAGGGACCCCAGGCGGUGGUUGGCGGAGGCGGUGGGGCAGGACCAUCGCCGGGACAGUCGCAGGCGCAGGCGGGCGUGGCAGGAUCUGGGGCUGGAAAAGGCGCGCAGGCAGGUGGCGGAAACGAUCUCCUAGAGAAGGAUCCGUUUGCGGCUAUCCGAGAGUUGGGACAGGCCACGACCGGAUUCUACAAUUACUUUCAGUGAGAAGCGGUAACGGCAGCACAUCUCCUGUUGUGGCAUCAAAGGGUCUUAAUCUAAAACAAAAACGAAAAAAACAAAAAAGAAAAAAAAAAAAAACAGAAAAUUAACAACAAAAAAAAAAUUGCAAAAUUCUUAGCUGAACAAAAAAAAACGUAAAAAAUGCCCCAGACAAUGGGAAAACGGAAGAGAAAACGAAAAAGAACUGCUUCUUAAUUAUAGUUGCCCCUAUCCUUAUUUUUUUGCUUUCAUUUAAAUUGCAAAUUAUUUAAUUACGGUAGCCUUAAGUUCAACGUGUGAAUUAUUAUAAUUAAUUAAUAAUAUACAUACAUACCUAUUUAGUUAAUGUUUAGUGGUUACUAAAGCUCGCCCAAAUGCCGCAGCAGGGAUUUGUUGACGUUGACCCUUGGUCUCCAUCCCAGCCCCCUGUUAACCUCCUGCCACGCCCCAAUGCCCAAGGACGCCUCAGGCGCCUCCAUCUGUUCGCAGCAUCCAAAGGGUUGCUCUGAGCAGCCCAGAAAAAUAAUCAUUACGUCUACACAAGAAAACCUUAUCGAUUAGACUCUUGAAACAUAAAAAAAAUCAUAAAAAAAACUUUACAAAAAAAAAAACAAACACAAAACCACAAAAAAAUGAAAUAAUUAUGUAAUAACUAUAAACUGCAAAAUGCAUAGUUAGCUUUAGAUGUAAGAUAAUUCAAGAAAAUUUGUAUUGUAAAUUUUUUUCUAUUUUUAGAGCGUAGCACAUGUGCUACGUAAACCUUCGGUUCGAUUUCUACCUUUAGUUUCUCAGUUAUAAAUUUCAAUUUUGUACAGAAGUUGACUAUUCAAAAAAACAAAUUAACAAAAAACAUUAAAACUGAAAAUUUGUCACGCACUCAAAUAUAUAAAUUAUUAUCCUUAUUACUGUAACUUUCAGAUUAUAUACCUAUUAUAUAUAUUUAAUGGCUAUAAGGGAUAUGAACAUUUUUGUGUACGAAUUAAACAUACUUACCUACAUACGAACAUAUAUAUAAUACGCAUAUAAAUAUUUAAAUUUGUGCACGAGUUAUUUGUUCCUUUCCCCAUCCAAAAUUGUCGAUGCGUGUGUAAAUUAUAUUACUAUUGUUGACCACCCCAAAUUUGCAGCCAUUGCCCCUGAAUCCCCAAAAAAAAACCCCACCCACUCAUCGUUUAGUCCGAUCUGACGACUGGUAAAUGUAAAACAAACGAAAGAUAAAUGCAUACAAAAAUAUAAGAAUUUUUCGAUAAGAGUAUUUAACCGAUCUUUGAGUUUUAUCGUAGUAUUUUGGCUAGCGACUUGGAUAGCAUAAACAUAUUAACUUUAUAUAACUGUAAUUAUUUAACCAAUGUAACGCAUAACAAACUAAAAAGCGGAAACAAAAAAGAACGAAAAUCACAUUAAAUAAACAAGAAAUUGUACUUUUAAUAUUA